UGUCCCCAGCAGGCACAGAAAUUGGGUUGGUGCCAGGUUUUUAAUGCCCGGACCUUAAAUCGUUAGACAGCGCGAGUCCGUUGUAGGCCUGGAGCAAUUCAGACACAAGGCAAAAAGGACAUAAAUUUGCCUAUGCCUUGUAACGUCUACACCACCAGCCUUUCUGAAACUAUUGUGCAUACGAAAUCAUCUCAGAAUCUUGUAAAAACACCGAUUCGGAUCCAAUAUGGGACCUGGAGUUCAUACAUUUCUAAUCAACUCCCAAAUGACAUUGAUGCUGAUACUGUCGGUUUCCCAACCAAGCAAUGUAGCAAGGUACGAAAUUCUUAAGUCCCUAAAGGGCAGGGACCACGCCUCCCGCGUUAGCACAGUGCCUGGCCCAAGGCACUUUAUGGGUUAACACUCGCUGAGGACCGGAGUGAAAGCGCCCCCAGAUCGUCACGUGACUGCCUUUCUCCGACAGCCGGUUUCGGCUCACAUAACACAUCUACUGUCCAAAACAUUUCUAUUUUUCUCACACAAAAACUACAGUUAAGUUUUUAUAUUCUAUGUAGCCCCAGCCUAGGACGUAAGAUCCACGAGACCAGAGACCUUGUGAUGAUUCCCCCAGGUUGCUGACCCUCCCGGUGUGCCCCGGGCCUGCUCUGGGGGACACAGCGGCGAAUAUGCUGAACAAGGCCCCUGUUUCACGGAGCUAAAGAUCCAGUAAGGACUUCACCCAGCAAGAGGCAACUACGCUGGGCUUCGAUGCCCAGUACCUCUGCAGAAAGGCGGAAUGGCAGGAGUCUCCUAAAGUCCCCAAUGUCCGAGGACGCGGAAACCCACGCCCCCAGUGCAGGUGUCACUCCGAGGGGCGCCUGCGCAGUCCCAAGAGAGGCGCGUCCCAUUGGACAAUCCCGAGCGGAAGAGCCCAAGGUAGCCGGGGGAGUUGUGACGGGCCGCUGAAGACGUACUUAGAAAAGGGGUGCAUACUGGAUAUUCAGGCCAGGAGAAGAACGCAAAAAGUAGUGACGUACAUUAUCUUCUGCAUAUUUACUUGGGAAAUUGUGUUUCUCCCUAUUCUGAGUCUUGGAGGAAUUGGACUCGUCCAACCUUCUGCAGGGAGCAGUAGAGCGCGGCAGUAUAGAGAGUAGCCCUCACGAAGGGGACGUGGGAAAGAGGUGGCGGGGAACGCUGGGAAACUCCCGGCCUCCGCCACCAUCUUGUUUUCCUUAAGCCGGCGGGACCGUUUGUGUCAGAACAAUCUUGAAUCAUGAAGCUACUAACCAGAGCCGGGUCCUUCUCGAGAUUUUAUUCCCUCAAAGUUGCCCCCAAAGUUAAAGCCACAGCUGCGCCUGCAGGAGCACCGCCACAGCCUCAGGACCUUGAGUUUACCAAGUUACCAAAUGGCUUGGUGAUUGCUUCUUUGGAAAACUAUGCUCCUCUAUCAAGAAUCGGUUUGUUCAUUAAAGCAGGCAGUAGAUAUGAGGACUCCAACAAUUUAGGAACCACCCAUUUGCUGCGACUUGCAUCCAGUCUGACGACAAAAGGAGCUUCAUCUUUCAAGAUAACCCAUGGAAUUGAAGCAGUUGGUGGCAAAUUAAGUGUGACCGCAACAAGGGAAACCAUGGCUUACACUGUGGAAUGCCUGCGGGGUGAUGUUGAUAUUCUAAUGGAGUUCCUGCUCAAUGUCACCACGGCACCAGAAUUUCGUCGUUGGGAAGUAGCUGACCUUCAGCCUCAGCUAAAGAUUGACAAAGCUGUGGCCUUUCAGAAUCCGCAGACUCAUGUCAUUGAAAAUUUGCAUGCAGCAGCUUACCGGAAUGCCUUGGCUAAUCCCUUGUACUGUCCUGACUAUAGGAUUGGAAAAGUGACAUCAGAGGAGUUACAUUACUUCGUUCAGAACCAUUUCACAAGUGCAAGAAUGGCUUUGAUUGGACUUGGUGUGAGUCAUCCUGUUCUAAAGCAAGUUGCUGAACAGUUUCUCAACAUGAGGGGUGGGUUUGGUUUAUCUGGUGUGAAGGCCAAAUACCGUGGAGGUGAAAUCCGAGAACAGAAUGGAGACAGUCUUGUCCAUGCUGCUCUUGUAGCAGAAAGUGCUGUCGCGGGAAGUGCAGAGGCAAAUGUGUUUAGUGUUCUUCAGCAUGUCCUCGGUGCUGGGCCACAUGUCAAGAGGGGCAGCAACACCACCAGCCAUCUGCACCAGGCUGUUGCCAAGGCGACUCAGCAGCCAUUUGAUGUUUCCGCAUUUAAUGCCAGUUACUCAGAUUCUGGACUCUUCGGGAUUUAUACUAUUUCCCAGGCCACAGCUGCUGGAGAUGUAAUCAAGGCUGCGUAUAAUCAAGUCAAAACAAUAGCUCAAGGAAACCUUUCCAACACAGAUGUCCAAGUGGCCAAGAACAAGCUGAAAGCUGGAUACCUAAUGUCAGUGGAGUCGUCUGAGCGUUUCCUGGAAGAAGUUGGGUCGCAGGCUCUAGUUGCUGGUUCUUACGUGCCACCAUCCACAGUCCUUCAGCAGAUUGAUUCAGUGGCUAACGCUGAUAUCAUAAAUGCUGCAAAGAAGUUUGUUUCUGGCCAGAAGUCGAUGGCAGCAAGUGGAAAUUUGGGACAUACACCUUUUGUUGAUGAGCUGUAAUACUGAUGCACACAUUACGGGAGAGAGCUGAACAUUCUCUCAGCCCAGAGCAGCAAACACAUGAAAGUCAGAAAUCUCUAAUAUAACAUUUGUCUUUUUUCCAGUGAGAUAAAAUAAGGCAUAAAUGCAGGUAAUUAUUCUCAGCUGACCUAAAGUCAAUAAAACAUUCUGCUUAGGUGUUUUUCUUA